AUGACCUCCCCACCAUCCACAAUGGCAACCACAACCACCACCUCCAACCCCACCCCAACAAUGACCUUCUACGACAUCGCCAUGCGGCCCCCAGUAACCCGCAACGCCGCUGCGGUAAACCCCUGGAAAGCGCGCCUGGCCCUUAACUUCAAAAACGCCCCCUACUCCACAACGUGGGUCAAGCUCCCCGAAGUAUCCAAAGUCCGCCGCAGCCUGAACCUCCCCGCAUGUCGCAAAUUCGCCGACGGUAGCGACUUCUACACCCUCCCCAUCCUCUCCGACCCUACCACAAACUCCCUCAUCGGCGACUCCUUUGAUAUCGCCGUCUACCUACAAAAGACCUAUCCCGCUUCUGGAGACGGGGAUCUCUUCCCUCCACAGAACCUGGAUUACGAGCUGAAAGAGGAGCUGAAGGUGCUGGUACCGCUAUCGGAGCGAAACGAUACCGAGUAUGCGGAUUACGCAAGGUUCAAUAAUAAUGUCGACGCGGCGUUUAGUGUGCACACUUUGUUGAUGGUGCAGAAGAUGCCGUUUGAUCCGGAGACGGCGGAGGAGAGUAAGGCGGAGUUUGUUCGGCGGGCGGGGUUUAAGUCGUGGGAUGAUUUUGCUCUUGACGGGGAGAAGAGGGAGCAGGUGUUGAGUUCGUUCCGGGAUAUGCUUGGGGACUUGGCGAAGAUGUUUGAGAGGGACACUAGUGGGCCGUUUUUGCUGGGGCAGAGGCCUAGUCAUGCCGACUUUAUUGUGGGUGGGUGGUUGAGGAUGUCGAGGGUUACGUUGCCGUCGACGGAGUGGGAGCAGUUGAGGGGGUGGCAUGGAGGUGUUUUUGGGAGGUUGCACGAUGCGUUGGAUGUUUAUGCUGAGGUAAAAUAG